UCUGAGGCUGGAAAACGUGAGGUUGAGAGGGGACAGAGUAGAGGGGAAACAACUUAAAAUAAUAUCUUGUGGCAUGAGAACUGGAGGGCUACAAUACGAGUAGAAGUCCUCUGUUAGUCCUUAAACUGGCUAAAUGACACUUUAAUGAAUAUUAUUAUAGUCUCCCAGCUUAUAACUCUGUUGUCUGGCUUAUAUUACUUGAAAUGAAAAUGAAUGGCUAGAGAAAAGAUUAUUACUGUCUCCAAAGAAAACAGUUGAUAUCGAGUGUAGCAGUCUCUGUCGUAAUGAAGCAUUAUGAAAUUGGCAAAAGAGUGCAAUAGCCUCAUGAACCUCAUCCAUGUGCAGUGUUAUACAUGUACAUGUAGUAUGAUAUUGAUGGCUAUUUUGUAAUGACAUGAGAUUAUAAAGUAUAUUCUAAAUUUCUGUAUUACCAUAGUUCAAAUAGGAAAAUUACAUGUUUCCAUUCAUAAUGAACAUGUAAUACUUUUUAAGGAGUCAACAAAAACAAAGCUGUAUGUCUUGAAAUUUACCAUACAAUAAGAACUACAAAAUAUAUUUAUCUACAUGGGUGUAUCUCAGCAAAAUAUGUCUUUCCAGACCUGGAGAGUAGAUGAGUACAUAUGGAAUAUAUUUAGUACUUUCCAUUGUUCAUGUUUUUCCCCAAAAUAGAAUUUGACAAAGUUGACCAAAGCUGUCUUCUUGCUCUAAAUAGGUUGUCAUAGAACUUGAAGUAGUACCAUUGACAAGAGAAAGAAUAGUGACGUACAUCAAAUUAUAUCUUUAAUUCAGUCGUCAUUGAAUUGGAAGGCAAACAUCCAAGUUUGUUCUUAUGACAGAGUGCAAGGAUAAGGCUAUGAAAUCAACACUGUCCAUGUAAGAUCAGAUGUCACAUAUGAUACCAAGUCUAUCACUAAUCCCUUUCAUUUCCUGACUCCUCUCUCUCCACCCAGCAUGAUUUUGGCACAAGAGGGCAAAACAUUGUUUUAACACAUUUUGUGUUUGUUAUUGUUUUUGAUAUAUUUGUUUGUUUGUAAACUAGCCCCUCCCAUUUAUUAUCCACCACAAAGGCUAACACGAUGAGGCUUCAUGUUUUUGGGGGCCCCCUUCUCUAAUCCCGGCUCUUAUUACUAAUCAGGACAAUUGCAGAGUCCCAGUCGUGCAUCAGGCAGGCCUUUUCCCCCUUUGUAACCAAGUGUGACAGUCCUAAUUUGUCGCAAGUACUUUUGCUGUGUCUCAAACACACGUGCUGUUUACCGGUUCAUCUCUCUCAGACAGUUUGAUCCAUGUUAAGCAAAUGAAUGCAGUGCAACAACCGACCAUCGACUUUCAACAUUGGAUAAAUAGGAUUUCAUGUGCAUCCAGGACCUGAAGUUUGACUUUCCUCAUGUCUUGUUACUAUAACAGCUGAUUUGCUUGGAUGCAAUCCAUUUACAUACGUAGUGUUGCUAAGGUUUUUUUUAGUUUACAGGAGUUGAAAAACACUUCUACAGAGUGAGAGGAAUCAAUUAAUUUGAGUGAAUCGGGUGCCAAAUUGUCUAUGUAUAUUCAUGGACAGGUUGAGUGGAACAAGUACAGCCCAGUGCAUAGCCGAGGAAGAUAAAGGAUGUUUUCUCCAAAAGGAACACUUCAUUUAUGGUUGCGUGACUUGCAAGUGUGUAGAACAAAUACAGCUGGAUAUUAUGUGUUUAUUAUUUGUAGAGUUUCUAUGUCAUAGACAGAUGGAGGAUCUCCUGCCUUUGCCAAAGCUCACCUACUUGGACUAUGUGGAUUAAGUUUUUUCAUAUUCUCUCUGAUUUUGGUUAAUAAUUGGAGUUGUAAAGGAUUCUGGAUAUGGGGCAGUGCUCAACAAGAAGAAGUUCAGAUAAUUGUGGACUUGGUCACUUGAAAGGAGACAUCUUAUCAGCUACGUGUCACUAUGACGAGGAUAGCCAAAGAUCUUCAGGGAGCCUAGCCACAAGAUACGGCCAGCUAGUAGUACUUGGGUACAAUGGAGUUCUUCCAGCAGGGAACAGAGGGAGAAGGCGGAGUACCUUUGGUCUGUUCAAGAGAGAUACAGCUAACGGAGUCAAGCCUGACAAACAAUAUGAAAUCAAUGCUUCAAAACAAGGAGAGAUGAAGAGUAUUAUAAAGCAAGAGUCACCUGUUAUCAAGAAGGCAAUCAAGAAUAGCAGUAGUAAACACACGAUAGCAUACACAUUAUCCAGGCAUCAGACGGUGGUUGUUGAAUAUGCAAACGAUACUUCAACGGACAUGUUUCAGAUUGGCAGAUCAACCGAACCGGUUAUAGACUUUGUCGUCAUGGAUACGGUGCCCGGUGCCAAGACGCAGAAGGAUUGCGUUGUCUCGGAAAGCACGAUAUCACGGUUUGCCUGUCGCAUCAUUGUGGAGAGGAGUCCGCCUCACACCGCUAGAAUAUAUGCAGCAGGCUUCAACUCAACAAAUAAUAUAUUCCUAGGGGAGAAAGCAUGCAAAUGGAAAACCGAGUCAGGAAUGGAUGGGUUAACAACAAAUGGUGUACUGAUCAUGAGACCUAAAGGAGGCUUCCAAUCAGAUGCAACACCAGGAGUAUGGAGGGAAGUAUCAGUCUGUGGCAAUGUCUAUUCACUCAGGGAAACACGGUCAUCACCUCAAAGAGGAAAACUGAUUGAAGAUGAAGACAAUAUACUGGAGGAUGGUACUCUAGUCGACUUGUGUGGAGCAACGUUACUAUGGCGAUCAGCAAUGGGCCUCGUCAAUACUCCAACACAGAGGCAUUUAGAGAGGCUACGUCAAGACAUUAAUGACACCAGGCCGCAGUGUCCUAUAGGCUUCAAUACAUUAGUCUUACCAAAAAAUAGACAGUCUUCAAAGAUUAUGGAAGAGAAACAGCCCUAUGCAUAUCUAAAGUGUGGUCAUGUACAUGGGUAUCAUGUAUGGAACAGUAAAGAGGCGGCGAAGAACACAGAGAGAAUGUGUCCCAUGUGUAGAGAGGUGGGUUCGUACGAGGCCCUUAUCAUGGGGAACGAGGCAAGCUUCUAUGUGGAUCAGGGUCCUCCUAGCCAUGCCUUCUGUCCCUGUGGGCAUGUCUGCUCAGAGAAGUCUGCAAAAUACUGGUCUCAAGUGCCCUUGCCCCACGGGACCCAUGCAUUCCAGGCUGCCUGCCCCUUCUGUGCUACCGCUCUCAGUGGAGACCAAGGUUACAUCAAACUCAUCUUCCAAGAAGCCAUCGAUUAGGCCAUUUACUGGUCAAGACUUUCAAUCGGCCAGACUUUU